GAGUUUAAUGUCUUUUUUAAAGAGACCUUAAACGUAGUCGAUAAUAGUAAAUAAAUUUGGUCUUUCUCACUUUCCGUAGUGAUUCCGUGGCACGAGCACGAUUUGUUUUUAGUAAGAGCGCGCAUCCUUCCGCGUGUGAAGCGGGAGCAUAACUUGAGAGAAGAGCUGAGUUACUGAAAAUAACAGGGAAAGGGCGCUGACACAAAGAACAAGAGGUCCAGUUUUGCAGGUCUAACUGCAGCUUUCACAUCCUGCCUCUCAUUAUAAAAACUAUUUUAGAACUCUUACGAAGUAAUUCUUCCAUCGUUUCUGUUCAGGAUAAGCAGAACAGUUUUAAGGUUGCUAUGAAGAGGAAAAUGGCGCAGCAGGAAGAUCAGCUGGACCGAGUAAAGUUCUGCUGUUCCAUCUGUCUGGAUCUACUGAAGGAUCCGGUGACUAUUCCCUGUGGACACAGCUACUGUAUGAACUGUAUUAACACUCACUGGGAUGAAGAGGAUCAUAAACAAAUCUACAGCUGCCCUCAAUGCAGGAAAGCUUUCACACCGAGACCUGUCCUAGUGAAAAACACCAUGUUUGCAGAUUUAUUAGAAGACCUGAAGAAGACUGGACUCCAAGCUGCUCCUGCUGAUCACUGCUAUGCUGGACCUGAAGAUGUGGCCUGUGAUUUUUGCUCUGGAAGAAAACUGAAAGCCAUCAAGUCCUGUUUAGUCUGUCUGGCCUCUUACUGUGAGAAACACCUUCAGCCUCAUUAUGAAUCACCUACAUUCAAGAAACACAAGCUGGUGGAGCCCUCCAAGAACCUCCAGGAGAACAUCUGCUCUCGUCAUGAUGAGGUGAUGAAGAUGUUCUGCCGUACUGAUCAGAAGUGUAUCUGUUUUCUCUGCUCCAUGGAUGAACAUAAAGGCCACGACACAGUCUCAGCUGCAGCAGAAAGGACUGCGAGGCAGAGAGAGCUGGAGGUGAGUCAACAAGAAAUCCAGCAGAGAAUCCAGGACAGAGAGAAAGAUGUGAAGCUGCUUCAACAGGAGGUGGAGGCCAUCAAUCGCUCUGCUGAUAAAACAGUGGAGGACAGUGAGAAGAUCUUCACUGAGCUGAUCCGUCUCAUCCAGAAAAGAAGCUCUGAUGUGAAGCAGCAGAUCAGAUCCCAGCAGGAAACUGCAGUGAGUGGAGUCAAAGAGCUUCAGGAGAAGCUGGAGCAGGAGAUCACUGAGCUGAAGAGGAAAGACGCUGAGCUGAAGCAGCUCUCACACACAGAGGAUCACAUCCAGUUUCUACACAACUACCCCUCACUGUCAGCACUCAUCACUGAUGUGGAUGUUUUACUGUCACAACCAAGACCAAAGAGGAGAGCUGGAUUCUUAAAAUAUUCACGUGAAAUCACACUGGAUCCAAACACAGCACACACACUGCUGUUACUGUCAGAGGGAAACAAAAAGGUGACAAGAAUUGAUGAACAUCAGUCUUAUUCUAGUCAUCCAGACAGAUUCACUAAAUACAGUCAGGUUCUGAGUAGAGAGAGUCUGACUGGACGUUGUUACUGGGAGGUGGAAAUGAGAGGAGAUGGUUAUGUAGCAGUCACAUACAAGAAAAUCAGAACAGGAGGUGAAUUUAUGUUUGGAGAAAAUAACAAAUCUUGGGCAUUAUAUUGUAAUCCAGCCACAUAUGCGCUGUCCUACGACAACAUCAGAACCUCCAUUUCAGGUCCUUUUCGGUCCUCCAGAGUAGGAGUGUACCUGGAUCACACAGCAGGUAUUCUGUCCUUCUAUAACGUCUCUGAAACCAGGACUCUCCUCCACAGAGUCCAGACCACAUUUAGUCAGCCGCUCUAUGCUGGAUUUUUAAUUUAUUGUGGAUCCAGUGCUAGGAUGUGUAAAGUGUACUAAAGUUAUUUUCUCUGCUUGUUGCUGAGACUUCAUUGUUGUGAUGUCUCUGCUCUGCUGUUCUGUUGUUUAUUUGACUUUUUUUAUUUGCUGGUUUUUCCUGUUUGUUUCUUUUUGGAGGAAAUCACUGCUAAUGAUGAUUUUUAUUUCCAUCAACAUGAAAAUCGGAACUUCUCUGUUCUCUAAAUAUGUGUUGAAUAUUUGCAAUUACUUUAAGUUGUUCUAGAGAUCAGCUGAUGUUUUUCUAAACCAACAAACAAACAAGGUCUCUAAUGAUGUUCAGAAUAAAUGAGAUCAUUCAUCAUGUCAAAGUCAGUUUU